GCCGCCUCUCUUCUUUUCCCGGGGCCUGGGCGGAGAGGGAGGAAAACUUCCUGGCUGGGACUCUGGCGGUUUCUGCCUGCCAACCCUCCGAUCCCGCCUACCAGUGUUGGCUCUUCCCGACCCCUCCCCCGGCGCCCCCAGUGUCCGCCAUGGCCAAAGCCUACGACCACCUCUUCAAGUUGCUGCUGAUCGGGGACUCGGGGGUGGGCAAGACUUGUCUCAUCAUUCGCUUUGCAGAGGACAACUUCAACAGCACUUACAUCUCCACCAUCGGAAUUGAUUUCAAGAUCCGAACUGUGGAAAUAGAGGGGAAGAGAAUCAAACUGCAAGUCUGGGACACAGCUGGCCAAGAACGAUUCAAGACAAUAACCACCGCCUAUUACCGUGGAGCCAUGGGCAUUAUCCUAGUAUAUGACAUCACAGAUGAGAAAUCCUUCGAGAAUAUUCAGAACUGGAUGAAAAGCAUCAAAGAGAACGCGUCUGCUGGAGUGGAGCGCCUUCUGCUGGGGAACAAAUGUGACAUGGAAGCCAAGCGGAAGGUGCAGAGAGAGCAGGCUGAGAGGGUGAGUCAGGCCGGGCUGCUGUGGCCGAAUGCCUUGCUUCUGCCCUUUAUCCAGCUCUCUCCUUCCUACCUCAUCCCCUACAGUUGGCCCGAGAGCACAGAAUCCGAUUUUUUGAGACGAGUGCCAAAUCCAGUGUGAAUGUGGAUGAGGUGAGAGCCACCCUCCAAGAGAUAAAAUACUAGUAGGUUUAUCCCCUCCUUCAACCCCAGCUAACCAAUUUCCCCUUUAGGCUUUCAGUUCCCUGGCCCGUGACAUCUUGCUCAAGACAGGAGGCCGGAGAUCGGUGAGUUGGUUCUACUUGGCUGAGUCCCACAGCAUGCGUCUUCAAGAACUGAAGUGACUGGAGAGUACUGUGGUACUGCACUCCUAUGGUCUCAGCACCAAGAGAUGCUGGCAGAAGGAUCAGGAGUUCAAGUUCAUCCUCUACUACUCUUUCUAAACUCAGAGUGCCUGUGGAGCACACCUUUAAUGCCAGCACUAAGGAGGCAGAGGCAGGCUGAUCUAUGAGUUCAAGGCCAGCCUAGUCUACAGUAUGAUUUUCAGGACUGCCAGAGCUACACAGAAAAAACAGUUGAGGAGGAGGAACAAUGCCAAGAUUAACCACAAAGUGGGGGUGGGCAGUGGGGGAUGUGGGAGAGAGUGGGGGUGAGGGUGUCUGUAGACUAAUCUUCCCGCCAGCCCUUCACAUACCUGAUCUUUCCACCUUCCCAACUCUAGGGAAACAGCAGCAAGCCCUCAAGCACUGACCUGAAAGUAUCUGACAAGAAGAACAGCAGCAAGUGCUCCUUGGGCUGAGGAACAUUUCUUGCCUCCUAUUCACCCUGAACCUGGAGGCUAGACCUGAGGGAGGUGGACUGAGGUGGACUGAUGGAAAACAGAGGGGAGGAGCUGUGGUGGUGCCUGGAGGGGUGGAUGACUGGGGAGGAAGGAAAGAAGAAAUGGGCAGGGAAAGGAGGGCGAGGAACCAAGGACGUGAAAAGUGAAAAGAAGGGGUUUGAGAAGAGAAAAGGAAGAAGGUCUCAGGUCUCGGACAGUCCAACAUUAAUGUCAGUAUGCUGAUCUCUCCAUUCCUGGUUCAGGGUUCGGGUCCCGAGAGGCUGGCUUGGCCCUACUCUGAGGGUCUCUCACUCCACAGAUCUUUGUUAGUAUUAAAGGCCACUGUUUGGCA